AUGGCCAAUUUCUACGCCGACCUUUACUCCCAGACAGCAAUUCCUAAGAACAAGACAGCGCUCCAGACCCACGUUCGCAAUACCAAUGGUUGUCCGCCGUCGGCGAAACAAGGGGACGGUAAUGACUGCUGGAACCUUGGUGUAGAUUAUACUAUGCCAUACGUCCAAAACUAUACAGAGUCCGAUGUCGUCAACCCCAAGGAUGUGGUAACGGCGGCCAAUGCGAACGCAACCGAUUUACUGGGCCAGAUUGGCGAUAUCCUCGGUGCUAUGAAGGCUGGAUUAUUCCAGGGCGAUUUCACCGACGUUGUCGAUAGCAUUUCCAUCCCCAUUAUGAUGAUUAACUCGUCCAUCGCAGAAAUGGCAACCAUUGAACACGUUGCGGACGAGAUUACCAAUGAGAAGCGUAUGGAAAUCAUCAUGGCCUUCUUUGGCGCUAUCCUGUUUCUGGUUCCUAUCGCUGGAGAACUCAUUGGCUCUGUUACAGAACUGGCAGAGAUUGGUGAAAUCGUUUCGGCUGUUGGGGCCGUCGGAAAUACCGCCUUUGACAUUUAUUCAGUUGCCAGCGAUCCUCACAAUGCUCCUCUCGCCAUCAUGUCAGCAAUUUUCGAGCCGUUGGCCUUACUGGAUAUCGCUAAGGUGGCCAAGGCAGCCUCGAUCAGGAGAGGCAUGUCUGACGUGGAUGUUGCCAAGCUGGGUAAUCAGGUCAAGCCUGUAUUAGACACGAUUUUCGCCAUUAAGUCAGGAUCUCGCUGUGUGAGAAAGUGA